CGCCGCGCGGAGCGCACCUGACCCGGCGGGCGGCGGGCGGGCGGGGCGCCGGGGCGGGGCGGCGGGACUGACGUGGCCGCGGCAUGGAGCGGGCGUGAUUCAUCAGCCGGCGCGCCGGGGCGGCAUGCGGGCGAGCGCAGUGGCCGCCUAGGCGCUCGGGCCAGGCAGCGGCGGCGGCGGCGUCCCCGGCCCGGCUCGCGCGCGCUCCUCUCCCGGUCGGCGGCCCGCGCCUGCUAGGUCAAGAUGGAAGACAUCCUGAGGAAGCUGCAGAAAGAAGCGUCCGGGAGCAAGUACAAAGCCAUUAAGGAGAGCUGCACCUGGGCCCUGGAAACCUUGGGUGGUCUGGAUACUAUUGUGAAGCUCCCACCACACUUGCUGAGGGAGAAAUGCCUGCUGCCUCUCCAGUUGGCUCUGGAAUCCAGGAAUGUGAAGCUAGCCCAACAUGCCUUGGCAGGGAUGCAGAAGCUUCUGUCAGAAGAGAGGUUUGUCUCCAUGGGAACAGACUCUGAUGAGAAGCAGCUGCUCAAUCAGAUCCUGAAUGCUGUGAAAGUGACGCCUUCACUCAAUGAAGACCUGCAGGUGGAAGUGAUGAAGGUGUUACUGUGUGUCACCUACACCCCGACGUUUGACCUGAAUGGGAGUGCCGUGCUAAAGAUUGCAGAGGUGUGCAUCGAGACGUACGUGUGCAGCUGUCACCAGCGUAGUAUAAACACUGCUGUCCGGGCCACUCUCAGCCAAAUGCUGAGUGACUUGACUUUACAGCUACGACAGAGGCAGGAGAAUACGAUAAUUGAAAACCCAGAUGUCCCACAGGAAUUCAGGAAUCAAGGUCCUACUGUAGAGUCCCUCUGUGAUGAUGUCGUCUCUGUGUUCACUGUCCUGUGUGAGAAGCUACAAGUUGCCAUAAAUGACAGCCAGCAGCUGCAGCUUCUGUACCUGGAGUGCAUCCUGUCCAUGCUCAGCUCCUCCUCCUCCUGCAUGCACCUGCACAGAGCCUUCACAGACCUCAUCUGGAAAAACCUGUGUCCUGCUCUUAUCGUGAUCCUGGGGAAUCCGAUUCACGACAAAACCAUCACCUCAGCUCACAGCAGCAGCGCCAGCACGAGCGCAGAGUCAGACUCCACAUCUCCGGGCAUCUCCGACCACGGCCGGGGGUCGGGCUGCUCCUGCACCGCGCCAGCCCUGAGCGGGCCCGUGGCUCGGACCAUCUAUUACAUCGCAGCCGAGCUGGUCCGGCUGGUGGGGUCGGUGGACUCUAUGAAGCCCGUGCUCCAGUCCCUCUAUCACCGAGUGCUGCUUUACCCCCCACCCCAGCACCGGGUAGAAGCCAUCAAAAUAAUGAAGGAGAUACUUGGGAGCCCACAGCGUCUCUGUGACUUGGCAGGACCCAGCUCCACUGAACUGGAGUCCAGAAAAAGAUCUCUUGCAAAAAGAAAAUCUCAUCUGGAUCUUCUUAAACUCAUCAUGGAUGGCAUGACCGAAGCAUGCAUCAAGGGUGGCAUCGAAGCUUGUUAUGCGGCCGUGUCCUGUGUCUGCACCUUGCUUGGUGCCCUCGACGAGCUCAGCCAGGGCAAAGGCCUGAGUGACAGUCAGGUGCAGCUGCUGCUUCUGCGCCUGGAGGAGCUGAAGGAUGGGGCCGAGUGGAGCCGGGACUCCAUGGAGAUCAAUGAGGCUGACUUCCGCUGGCAGCGACGAGUGCUGUCCUCAGAACACACACCGUGGGAGUCAGGGAACGAGAGGAGCCCUGACAUCAGCAUUAGUGUCACCACAGACACAGGCCAGACCACUUUGGAUGGAGAGUUGGGCCAGACAACCCCCGAGGACCACUCUGAUAACCACAAGCACAGCCUCAAGUCGCCUGCUAUCCAGGAGGGCAAGGAGACUCUGAGCAAGGUGUUGGAGCCAGAAGCCGUGGACCAGCCAGAUGUCGUGCAGAGAAGCCACACGGUUGUUUACCCUGACAUAACCAACUUCCUGUCCGUGGACUGCAGGACAAAGUCCUAUGGGUCUCGGUAUAGUGAGAGCAAUUUUAGUGUAGAUGACCAAGACCUCUCUAGGACAGAAUUUGAUUCCUGUGAUCAAUACUCGAUGGCAGCAGAAAAGGACUCAGGCAGGUCGGAUGUGUCGGACAUCGGGUCGGACAACUGUUCCCUAGCUGAUGAAGAACAGACCCCUCGGGACUGCCUGGGUCACCGGUCGCUGCGAACUGCUGCUCUGUCUCUAAAGCUGCUGAAAAACCAGGAGGCGGAUCAGCACAGUGCCAGGCUGUUUGUGCAGUCCCUGGAAAGCCUCAUUCCUCGGCUUCUGGCUCUUUCCAGUGUGGAAGAGGUAGACUCUGCACUCCAGAACUUUGCCUCUACUUUCUGCUCAGGUGUGAUGCACUCUCCUGGCUUCGACGGGAACAGCAGCCUGGGCUUCCAAAUGCUGAUGAAUGCCGACAGCCUGUACACUGCCGCACACUGCGCCCUGCUCCUCAACCUGAAGCUCUCCCACGGCGACUACUACAGGAAACGGCCAACCCUGCCACCAAGCAUGAUGAAGGAGUUCAUGAAGCAGGUGCAGAGCAGCGGAGUGCUGAUGGUCUUCUCACAGGCCUGGAUCGAGGAGCUCUACCAUCAGGUGCUGGACAGGAACAUGCUCGGAGAGGCCGGCUACUGGGGCAGCCCUGAGGACAACAGCCUUCCCCUCAUCACGAUGCUCACUGAUAUUGACGGCUUAGAGAGCAGUGCCAUUGGGGGCCAGCUGAUGGCCUCGGCUGCUACAGAGUCACCCUUCACCCAGAACAGGAGAAUUGAUGACUCUACAGUGGCAGGCAUGGCAUUUGCUCGUUAUAUUCUGGUGGGCUGCUGGAAGAACUUGAUCGAUACUUUAUCAACACCCCUGACUGGCCGGAUGGCAGGAAGCUCCAAAGGCCUAGCCUUCAUUCUGGGAGCUGAAGGCAUCAAAGAGCAGAACCAGAAGGAACGCGAUGCCAUCUGCAUGAGCCUCGAUGGGCUGCGGAAAGCCGCACGGCUGAGCUGUGCUCUGGGGGUUGCUGCUAACUGUGCCUCAGCCCUUGCCCAGAUGGCAGCUGCCUCCUGUGUCCAGGAAGAGAAAGAGGAAAGGGACACACAAGAACCCAGUGAUGCCAUAGCACAAGUGAAACUAAAAGUGGAGCAGAAACUGGAGCAGAUUGGGAAGGUGCAGGGGGUGUGGCUGCACACAGCCCACGUCUUGUGCAUGGAGGCCAUCCUCAGCGUAGGCCUGGAGAUGGGGAGCCACAACCCGGACUGCUGGCCACACGUGCUCAGGGUGUGUGAGUAUGUGGGGACUCUGGAGCACACCCACUUCAGCGACAACACUGCACAGCCCCCUCUGACCAUCAGCCAGCCCCAGAAGGCAGCCGGGGGUCUCCUUGGGGACCCAGGGUGUGAGGGCUCACCCCAGGAGCAGGGCCUGGAGCAAGGGCGGCCCCUCAGCAUGGCCCCUGUCCUGCAGCCACCAUCCAUCCAAGACCUGGUCCGGGAAGGCAGCCGAGGCCGGGCCUCCGACUUCCGCGGUGGUGGCCUUAUGAGUGGGAACAGCGCAGCCGUGGUGGUGCUCACCCUCUCCACCCAGGCCGACAGGCUCUUUGAAGAUGCUACGGAUAAGCUGAACCUCAUGGCUUUGGGAGGUUUCCUUUACCAGCUGAAGAAAGCAUCACAGUCCCAGCUUUUCCAUUCUGUUACGGAUACAGUCGAUUACUCUCUGGCAAUGCCAGGAGAGGUUAAAUCCACCCAAGACCGAAAAAGCGCCCUCCACCUGUUUCGCCUGGGGGACGCCAUGCUGAGGAUUGUACGGAGCAAAGCGCGACCGCUGCUCCAUGUGAUGCGCUGCUGGAGCCUGGUGGCCCCACACCUGGUGGAGGCCGCCUGCCAUAAGGAAAGACACGUGUCUCAGAAGGCUGUUUCCUUCAUCCAUGACAUACUGACAGAGGUUCUCACAGACUGGAAUGAGCCACCCCAUUUCCACUUUAAUGAAGCGCUCUUCCGACCUUUGGAGCAUAUUAUGCAGCUGGAGUUGUGCGAUGAGGAUGUCCAAGACCAGGUUGUGACGUCCAUCGGUGAGCUGGUAGAAGUGUGUUCCACACAAAUCCAGUCAGGGUGGAGGCCCUUGUUCAGUGCUCUGGAAACAGUGCACAGCGGGAACAAGUCAGAGGUGAAGGAGUACCUGGUUGGGGACUACUCCAUGGGAAAAGGCCAAGCUCCUGUGUUUGACGUAUUUGAAGCUUUUCUCAAUACCGACAACAUCCAGGUCUUUGCCAAUGCAGCCACUAGUUACAUCAUGUGCCUUAUGAAGUUUGUCAAGGGACUGGGGGAGGUGGACUGUAAAGAGAUUGGAGACUGUGUUCCAGGACCAGGAGCCCCAUCCACAGACCUGUGCCUUCCCGCCCUGGAUUACCUCAGGCGCUGUUCACAGUUAUUGGCCAAAAUCUACAAAAUGCCCUUGAAGCCAAUAUUCCUCAGCGGGCGACUUGCUAGCUUGCCUCGAAGACUUCAGGAGCAGUCAGCCAGCAGUGAGGAUGGAAUCGAAUCCAUCCUGUCUGAUUUUGACGAUGACACCGGUCUGAUAGAAGUCUGGAUCAUCCUUCUGGAGCAGCUAACAGCAGCUGUGUCUAAUUGUCCACGGCAGCACCAACCACCGACCUUAGAUUUACUUUUUGAGCUGUUGAGAGACGUUACCAAAACACCUGGACCAGGGUUCGGUAUCUACGCAGUUGUUCACCUUCUCCUUCCUGUGAUGUCCCUUUGGCUCCGUCGUAGCCAUAAAGACCAUUCCUACUGGGAUGUGGCCUCUGCUAAUUUCAAGCAUGCCAUCGGGCUGUCCUGUGAGCUGGUGGUCGAGCACAUCCAGAGCUUUCUGCACUCAGACAUCAGGUAUGAGAGCAUGAUCAACACCAUGCUGAAGGACCUUUUUGAGUUGCUGGUAGCGUGUGUAGCCAAGCCUACAGAAACCAUCUCCAGAGUGGGCUGCUCCUGUAUUAGGUACGUCCUGGUGACAGCGGGCCCUGUGUUCACAGAGGAAAUGUGGAGGCUUGCCUGCUGUGCCCUGCAGGACGCGUUCUCCGCCACACUCAAGCCUGUGAAGGACCUGCUGGGCUGCUUCCACAGCGGUGCGGAGAGCUUCAGCGGGGAAGGCUGCCAGGUGCGGGUGGCCGCCCCCUCGUCCUCCCCCAGCGCCGAGGCUGAGUACUGGCGCAUCCGAGCCAUGGCCCAACAGGUGUUCAUGUUGGACACUCAGUGCUCCCCAAAGACUCCAAACAACUUCGAUCAUGCGCAGUCCUAUCAGCUCAUUAUUGAGCUGCCUCCUGAUGAGAAACCAAACGGACAUACCAAGAAAAGCGUUUCUUUCAGGGAGAUCGUGGUGAGCUUGCUGUCUCAUCAAGUGCUGCUCCAGAAUUUGUAUGACAUCCUGUUAGAAGAGUUUGUCAGAGGCCCGUCCCCUGGAGAGGAGAAGACCGUCCCGGGGCCGGAGGCCAAGCUGGCCGGCUUCCUGCGUUACAUAUCCAUGCAGAACUUGGCGGUCAUUUUUGACCUGCUGCUGGACUCGUACCGGACGGCCCGAGAGUUCGACACCAGCCCCGGGCUCAAGUGCCUGCUGAAGAAGGUGUCGGGCAUCGGGGGCGCCGCCAACCUCUACCGCCAGUCGGCCAUGAGCUUCAACAUCUACUUCCACGCGCUGGUGUGCGCCGUCCUCACCAAUCAGGAAGCCAUCACCGCCGAGCAGGUGAAGAAGGUCCUGUUUGAGGACGACGAGAGGAGCACAGACUCCUCCCAGCAGUGUUCAUCAGAGGACGAGGACAUUUUUGAGGAGACGGCCCAGGUCAGCCCCCCGCGGGGCAAGGAGAAGAGGCGGUGGCGCGCGCGGCUGCCCUCGCUGAGCGCCCAGCCGGUCAGCAACGCCGACUGGGUGUGGCUGGUGAAGCGGCUGCACAAGCUGUGCAUGGAGCUGUGCAACAACUACAUCCAGAUGCACCUGGACCUGGAGCACUGCGCCGUGGAGGAGCCGCCCCUGGGCAGGAGCGACCCGUUCUUCAUCCUGCCCUCCUUCCAGUCCGAGUCGUCCACGCCGUCCACGGGCGGCUUCUCCGGGAAGGACACGCCAUCCGAGGACGACCGAAGCCAGGCCCGGGAGCACCCGGGCGAGGCCCUGGGUCUGCGGCUGGGCAGCGGGGACACGCUGCUGCCGCCGCCCAGCCCCAAGGUGGAGAGGAAGGACCCCGGCCGCAGGAAGGAGUGGUGGGAGAACGCGGGGAACAAAAUCUACACCAUGGCGGCCGACAAGACCAUCACCAAGCUGAUGACCGAGUACAAGAAGAGGAAGCAGCAGCACAACCUGCCCGCCUUCCCCAAGGAGGUCAAGGCGGAGAAGAAGGGAGAGUCGCUGGGCCCCCGGGGCCCGGACUCCCCGCUGCUCCAGCGGCCGCAGCACUUGGUGGACCAGGGGCAGAUGCGACAUUCCUUCAGCGCGGGCCCCGAGCUGCUGCGACAGGACAAGAGGCCCCGCUCGGGCUCCACCGGGAGCUCCCUGAGCAUCUCGGUGAGAGAUGCCGAAGCACAGAUCCAGGCGUGGACCAACAUGGUGCUAACAGUGCUCAAUCAGAUUCAGAUCCUCCCAGACCAGACCUUCACUGCCCUGCAGCCAGCAGUGUUCCCAUGCAUCAGCCAGCUGACCUGUCACGUGACAGACAUCAGGGUCCGCCAGGCUGUGAGAGAGUGGCUGGGCAGAGUCGGCCGAGUCUAUGACAUCAUUGUGUAGCUGGCUCAUGUUCUGCUCCUAAGAAAAUAUAUUAGGGAUGGUUAGAGUCAGCCUGCCAAUCCAGCUAAUAGCAUUUUUCCCACCACCAGCCCCACUUAAACUAGUGUUUCCUAAAGUAAAAAGCCUUUCCAGCCGCUCUCUAAAUAAUCAGCAUCGGGCCCAUUCUGAGUACUGAGGUUGUAUCUAGAUGACAGAAAUGAUACUUUGAUUUUGCACAUUAUUAUAGAAGAGUUGACAUUCCUUGAUACUGUCCCAGAUCUUGAAGUUUAUUUUCCAGUGCUUUUGCUUAUGGUAUUGUCCCCACAUGGGUCAUUUUCAAGGGCCACUCCUUUAAAAACACUCCAUUGAUCCAUUUGAUCCAUCAUUUGACAAAUAAAUGCAAUUCCUAAGGCAGUAUCUGCUGGUGAGUCAAGCUGAUAUGGGAACACUCAAACGUCUAGUACUAGAUUCUAUUAACUGGAGGGAGAUUGAUGUGAUGAUCAUAGUUUUGGCUGGGAAGAAAACAGCCACAAAAAUAUGUUCUUGGGUGUCGUGAUCAAGAAAGAAAUGCCUUCUAUUAUAAAAUAAUCCGAAACAUUUCAAAAUCAUUCUCAAAUUGUUAAGAUUUUCAGGUAUUCAUCACCUUCCCCUUGUAAGGUACUGUUGUGCCUUUUCCCCCCCAUAUCUGAAGGAAGAAAAUUCUUUCCUACCAGGGUUUUAAGUAUGUGGCUUGGCAGCCUUUGACACAGAGUGCCGUGACAGUAGCUGAUACAUACGUUGUCAAGAGACAGAAGACUGGCUGGCUACUCUGGGGGUCUCAUUGGUCUUUGCUUCUGUCCCCAAGGCAAACAAGGAAAGGAAAGAAAAAAUGGUGCCUUAGUCCUUUGUUGCACAGACAUUUCUAUGCCCCAUAACUAUCUGAACAUAAGGUAUAACAUUUGGUUUUUAAGAAACCAAAACAUUAAACUGCAACUCAUUUUAUAUCAACCCCUUGGAGUGAUGGAACUCAGAGUCCUCCAUGCAUCCAGAGAGCAGACUUCUCAGAGAAAGGAGCAAGGAGUGUGGGCUUGGGAGGGAUAAUGAUGAAAUCAUUUUAAAUCUUUAAAUAUAAGCAAUCUUAUGAAAUCUUGGUGUGAGUUAUUCAAGCUGUAGUCUCAGAGAAUAAAACUCAAGGGGAAAGGGACACUAAAGUUAGAAAAUUAAUUUUUUCUACUUCAAAUAUUUCUCCUAACAAGUAAAUUUACCCUCUGUUUCACGUUUCUUUACUCAGACUAUUAUUUUAAGUGGAUAUUUCUUUUCCUAAGUAUUACUAGAAAAUGAAUUUGAAAGCUUUAUCUUAUUACUUGUAAUAUUUUUAUAUUUCUUAGAUUAUAAUAAUAAUUAAAAUUCCUCACUCAAGCCCACUUAUUAAUAUGUACAUUCUAGAGAGUAGAGUUAGUUGCUAAGACUUAUGUUAUAAUUUCCAAGUCCUUAAAAAUGUAUUCAUAACUGAAUAUGUCAGUCUUUAAAAAUCAAAUACUAAUUGUUCAGUAUUGAAGAAAGGAUUUAAAAGGGAUUGAAUUUUAUUAAGUGGUGGUAAUUAUAAACUUUGCCCUCUUUGAGAAACAUGGGGCUUUCUAACUACAAGGUAAGGCAGGGUUCUCUGACCUGGUUAGGAGAUGUACAAAACCUGUAUCAUUCAGUGCGCCAUCUAGAGACCACUUCAGAAUCUGGAAGACAUGUUUACAUUUCUUCCCUUCAAUUUUUGCUCACUGGACAAUAAUUCAUGUUUAGAAACAGAUUGUCAAAUAUUUGACCUUAACAGGCAAUGAAUUGUUGGGAUAGCAACAAGCCGUGUCCUGUACUUUUUAAUUUUUAUGUUUUAAAAAUUAACAUUUGAAAGUCAAGUAGAUACUUUAUUUCAACAAAAGAAGUACACCGUGAUUAUUUCUUUUCAUACCAAAUCUGAGGCUCAGUUUUCCUUUGAGCCUGUGAGCACUCUGUAAUUUACUGGGGGGGGGGGGCGCGAAGCCUUUGCAUAAAAUUAGAGUUUUAUACAUAGCAACUUUUCAUAAAGCAUAAAAAUUCCAAGGAAGCUGUCUCCAUUUAUGAAUGUCACAUCCCAGGCUUACUGUUAUUUAAUUGUUUAGAAAUCAGAAUAUGUUCGCCCACAGAUUCUUUAUUAUGGGCUUCAAGGUUGGUUUAUGAAAAUAAGUUUAUCCCAUUCUGUGUUCAAACACUGUUCUAGUUCUAGCCUGAUAGUGGGUCCCGAGAAUAAAAGGAUGAGAAAGUAUCCACAGCUCUUAAUCUACUACUUUGUAAGAGGUUUGGGGUACUUUCUCAUCAUCUCUCUAUAACCCAGUCCAGGGCCCACAUCAUGCCCUCCUCUGUGUCAGAGUUACCCGAUGUCCACAUUCACAUCAGAUUUCAACUAGAAAAUUAGCAAGAUAUAGCAAUAUUUCCCAGGGGUAUUUGAAGUUCCCCAAAAGGAUACUGCUGAUACAAAGUAGUCUCUGAAGAGUAGGACUUCAGCUGACUUUUCCAGCGUGGAGAAGAAGGGAGGAGGUCAGGAACUGCCCAGGCCAGCCCCUCUCUCUGUCCUGCUUCCUUCCUUCCUCUCUUCCUUCACUCCCUCCCACCUUCUCUGAAAAUGUCAGAUGUUUUUCUCCUCGCGGUCCCUUUUGUGGCAACAGGUAAAACCAAGGUCAAGGCAGCCUUUUGAAGUUAAGGACAGUUCUUAGCAUUUACGCACAGAUCAUAUUUACAGAACAAGAUUUUACACAGUUGCCUGUAUUUGCUGCCAAAAGUGUAUCAGACUGAAAUUGAAAUUUUUUUCUUCUUAUAUUUUGGCAAACAAGCUUCUGGCAAACUCCAAAUGUAAGGGAGCUGCUGACUGAACAGCCCAGCCUCGUGCAGGCAUUCUUAGCCAGAGCUCUGUCUGCCUUGAAGGAAGACAUAGGUUUUGAGGCCAGAAAGCUAAUGCCUUGUUCAUGGGAGCUAGCCUGGCUCUGGAUCUCCUGAUGUGCUUUUAAAGAUCUUUAAGACUGUCUCUUUACACCUUUCUGUUUUCUCUCUCUUCCUGGGCUUGUGGUCCAACCUUCACUAGACCUAAAACCAGAACAACUUUCCCAUUGGGAGGCUGUAUAAUGAGCCAGGCAGAUGCUAACAUACUUAACAGCUCAGAUUAAAAUGUUUUAAAUCAGUUAAGAAAACAUUGUUAACAUAAUCUGAAAAUACUUUGAAAUAGAAACUUCUUGGUACAAUGACCGCUGGGCUUUUCGUUCUUACUAUUUUAAGGAAAGGUUUACACUGGAUCAGUUGCAAGACAAAUAGCCUUAACUGUAAGACAGUAAUGCAGUUAUAUAGCAUCUAUCUUUGCCAAGUACUUCACAACAUUGCUAAAAUAGGAAAUUUUUCUCUUUCAGAAAGGAAAAUCCAUUUGUAUAAGUCCAUCAAACUAAACAGAAUGAAGACCUUUGUUUAAAGCUGAUAACGGUAGCAAAAGUUCAGCAGGGAGGGUGGCGCCUGUGGCUCAAAGGAGUAGGGUGCCAGUCCCAUAUGCCUGAGGUGGCAGGUUCAAAUCCAGCCCUGGCCAAAAAGAAAACUGCAAAAAAAAAAAGUCUCCAUCUUUCUUUAAGGCUGCAUAAUAUUCCAUGGUAUACAUGUACCACAAUUUGCUAGUACACAGCUAUGAUUUAACAAUAAAAGAAGAAAAAAAAGUCAAAAGUUCAGCAGGAAGGAAAGAGUUGUUGCUGUGAAUGCAAACCUUUACCUAGAUUAUCAUACUUAGUUUUUGUGAGAGACAGAUAGUAUGUCCUCAUUUUUUCAGAUGAGGACACAUUCCCAGAGAAGUUAGGAAACUUGCCCAAGGUAACAAGUAAAAGGCAAAAUUGGGUGCAGAAGAAGUGUUUCUGAAUUCACAGGCCAUAGUCUCUCUCUCCAAGACCAUGCUGUGUAACAGUGUUCUCACCCUU